AUAUUUGUAUGCCAUCAAAUCCAAUUUGCAGAAUGGCAUCAAUGGCAGAGGCGGAUCGGUUCAUCUAUUGUGUUGGCUAUAUGUGACUGACUGAUAGGCACAUUGCUUAGUUUGAUCAGUGAUCGAUCGCUCGGUUGCUCUCCACGCGCGUUAUCUACAUGACAAUUGGAUCAACUGGAUUCCGAUACCAACUUUCAGAUCGAUGUUUGGGAAUUUUACACGGACGGAUGGAUCUCCGUAACGGCUUCUUUCAGCACCUCGGUUAGUUCCUCUGAGGAAAGACUCGAACCAUAUGGCACACGCGCGGACAAAUAUCAGUUAUCUUUUAUUAUUUUACAUAUUUUCGAUGUAAGCUGAGGACUCAUUUUUGACAAAGACGUCCCUGGACUGGAUUAAACCUCAUACAUGAGGAUUUGGGAAGAACUGGAAUGAUGAUGAUCACACGAUACAGACCGAGACCGGACACCAGCAUGUCCUUGGCGUUCUGCGGCAACGAAAACAACACGGCCGCGUACAACGUGGAUGCCGGCGUCCUCAACAACGGCUGCUUCCUGGACGCCCUCACGGUGGUGCCGCACGUCUUUCUGCUCUUCAUCACCUUUCCUAUACUCUUCAUCGGCUGGGGGAGUCAGAGCUCCAAGGUUCACAUCCAUCACAGUACCUGGCUACACUUCCCCGGACACAAUCUCCGCUGGAUCCUCACCUUCAUCCUGCUCUUCGUCAUCGUCUGUGAGAUAGCUGAGGGCAUUGUUUCUGAUGGGUUUAACCAGUCAGUUCACCUGCAUCUCUAUAUGCCAUCUUGUUUGGCCUUCAUGGCUGCCAUCACAUCGAUAGUCUACUACCACAACAUAGAGACCUCCAACUUUCCUAAACUACUGUUGACUUUGCUCAUUUACUGGGUUCUGGCAUUCGUCACGAAAACAAUCAAGUUCGCCAAGUACACAGAGCAUGGCAUUGGCCUGAGACAACUGCGGUUUGGGAUCACUGGUUUAUUGACCCUGCUGUAUGGACUACUUUUGGCUGUGGAGAUCAAUGUCAUCCUGAGAAGGCGCUAUGUGUGUUUUGCUCUUCCCACUGAAGUAAAGCCCCCAGAGGACUUACAGGACCUGGGGGUGCGUUUUCUGCAGCCGUUUGUAAACCUGCUCUCUAAAAGCACAUACUGGUGGAUGAACACCUUCAUCACCUCAGCACACAGACGUCCCAUUGAUCUGAAGGUCAUUGGCAGGCUACCGAUCGCCAUGAGAGCUCUCACCAACUACCUGAAGCUCCGCGAGGCCUUUGAAGCCCAGAAGAGGCCCCAAGGUUCUAAUCCACAAGGGCCCAAGUGGAUCUGGACGGCGCUUCGGCAAGCCUUUGGAAAACCUCUUAUCCUCAGCAUUGCUUUCCGUUUCAUGGCUGAUCUGCUUGGUUUUGCCGGCCCCCUUUGUAUUUCAGGCAUCGUGCACCAUAUCAGUAAAGAGAACCACACUAUACAGGCACCAAUGCAGCAUCUAGGAAUCUAUUUCAUCUCCUCUCAGGAGUUUCUUGCCAACGCAUACGUCCUAGCCGUGCUCCUGUUCUUCGCCCUUCUCCUCCAGAGAACGUUCCUUCAAGCGUCCUACUAUGUUGCCAUUGAGACUGGAAUCAACCUGAGAGGAGCCAUACAGACCAAAAUCUUCAAUAAGAUCAUGCGCCUCUGCACCUCCAACAUGUCUAUGGGAGGAAUGACAGUGGGUCAAAUUUGCAACCUUGUCGCCAUAGACACAAAUCAACUGAUGUGGUUUUUCUUCCUGUGCCCCAACCUGUUCGCGAUGCCAGUUCAGAUCGUAGUUGGAAUCAUCCUCCUUUACUACCUCCUGGGAAUAAGUGCCUUGAUUGGGGCGACGGUCAUCACCCUUCUGGCUCCUGUUCAGUACUUUGUGGCUACCAAGUUAUCGGAAAUACAGAAAAGCACAUUGGAUUAUUCCAGCGAGCGCCUGAAGAAGACCAAUGAAUUGCUGCGGGGUAUCAAACUACUGAAGCUGUACGCCUGGGAGAACAUCUUCUGUUCAAGCGUGGAGGAGACCCGGAAAAAGGAGUUGACCAGCCUACAGACCUUCGCUUUCUACACAUCAAUAUCAAUAUUUAUGAACACAGCCAUUCCCAUUGCUGCAGUACUCACUACGUUUGUGGCUCAUGUGCACCUGUCUGAUGAUGCUGAUCUGUCUCCCGCUGUGGCCUUUGCCUCCCUUUCACUCUUUCAUAUCUUGGUGACACCUCUAUUCCUGCUGUCAAGUGUUGUGCGCUCCACUGUCAAAGCCCUGGUCAGUGUGCAAAAACUGAGUGAGUUUUUCGCCUGCGAUGAAAUUGGAGUUGAACAGGAGCACAAAGCAACAAUUUUAACAAUUUUACCCAACUCAACCAAUCACAACAAAUACCAAGCCCUGCCUUUAAAAGUGGUAAACCGCAAGCAUCCCAUCAGAGAGGACUGGAACAGAAUAGGACUUCAAAGCGAGCUGGAUGAUGAACUGCUGGGGGUGGAGGAUGAAGAUAUCUGCAUUAAAAUAACAAAUGGCUAUUUCAGCUGGACUGAUGGAGCCCCAACACUCUCCAAUGUGGAUAUAAAGAUACCUUUUGGUCAGUUAACUAUGAUAGUGGGUCAGGUGGGUUGUGGGAAAUCAUCUUUGUUGCUGGCUGCACUGGGUGAAAUGCAGAAGAUCUCUGGCACUGUGAUAUGGAACAAGCUGCCCACACUCGAUGCAGAGGGAAAUGAAAGUCCUUCGGAUGCCGCUGCAGAAUGGGAUAUAAGGAAAAGAGGUGCUGUGGCAUACGCAUCCCAGAAGCCCUGGCUGCUAAACACCACGCUAGCCGAGAACAUCACUUUCGAGAUGCCAUUAAUAAAGCAAAGGUAUAGAGCUGUAAUUGAAGCCUGCUCACUUCAGCCGGACAUUGACAUCCUUCCCCAGGGGGACCAGACGGUGAUCGGCGAGCGGGGUAUAAUUCUUUCUGGAGGCCAGAGGCAGAGGAUCAGUGUUGCUCGGGCUCUUUAUCAAACCACCAACGUGGUGUUUUUGGAUGAUCCUUUCUCAGCGCUGGAUAUUCACCUGAGUGAUCAUCUGAUGCAGGAGGGCAUCCUCAAACUGUUAAGAGAGGAGAAGAGAACAGUGGUGCUUGUAACACACAAGCUCCAGUAUCUUCCUCAUGCUGACUGGAUCAUUGCUAUGAAGGAUGGCAGCAUACAGACUGAAGGAACCUUGAAGGACAUCCAGAACUCUCAGCCUGAGCUCUUUAAGCAGUGGAAGACCUUGAUGCACAGACAAGAUCGGGAGUUUGAGAAGGAGACAGUAGAUGAUAAUAUGACGGUGCUGGAAAGGAAAAACUUAAGGCGAGCUAUGUACUCCAGAGAGGCCCUUAAAACUGAAGAGGAGGAGGAAGAAGAGUCUCCGGAGAGCGAUGAUGAAGAUAACCUGUCACGUGUGAUGAGGCACAGAGCCACUAUACCCUGGAGAUCCUGUGGGACGUAUCUGAGCUCUGCAGGCCUCCUGCUGCUCCUCCUGCUUCUGCUCUCUCAGCUCCUCAAACACUCCCUCAUGGUGGCCAUUGACUAUUGGCUCGCACACUGGACGUCUAAAGUCAUCACAGCCAAGAUCGAGGCUGCAACGCGCAAUUGCUCCUUUGUGCAGGACGUGGGUUUCAGUCACUCGUCGUACCUCCUGGUGUUCAGUGUGCUGUGCUGCUUGGGCAUCGUGCUGUGUUUGGCAACGUCGGUGGCAGUGGAGUGGACGGGUCUGCGCGUGGCCAAAGAGCUACAUCACAGCCUGCUCAGUAAUAUUAUACUUGCCCCAAUGAGGCUCUUUGAAACAACUCCAUUGGGAAGCAUAUUAAAUCGCUUCUCCUCCGAUACCAAUACAAUAGAUCAGCAUAUUCCUGCGACUCUGGAGUGUUUAAGUCGCUCCACGCUGUUGUGCGUGUCUGCACUCGGUGUGAUCUCCUACGUCACGCCGGUUUUCGUCAUCGUCCUGGCACCGCUAGCCAUCGCUUGCUACUUCAUCCAAAAAUACUUCAGAGUCGCAUCCAAAGAUCUUCAGCAGCUUGAAGACGGCACACAGCUUCCUCUGCUCUCACACUUCUCUGAGACCGUAGAGGGCUUGACAACCAUCAGAGCUUUCAGGUAUGAGGCUAGAUUCAGACAGAGGCUCCUGCAGUUCACCGAUGCCAAUAACGUGGCGUCUCUUUUCCUUACAGCGGCUAACCGCUGGCUAGAGGUUCGAAUGGAAUACAUUGGUACCUGUAUAGUCCUGAUAGCAGCUGUGGCCUCCAUUACCAAUUCACUGUUCAGUCAUCUGUCCACUGGGCUGGUGGGGCUGGGACUCACAUACGCCCUUAUGGUUUCUAACUACCUGAACUGGAUGGUGCGUAAUCUGGCUGACAUGGAAGUGCAGCUCGGAGCUGUGAAGAGAAUCAAAGCUCUUUUGAAGACUGAUCCUGAAAACUAUGAAGGUCUGCUGUCUGCGUCUCAGGUUCCAGAAGGUUGGCCUCAGCGGGGUGAAAUUCAGAUUCAGAAUCUGAGCGUGAGGUACGACAGCACCCUUAAGCCCGUCCUCAAACACGUCAACGCACAAAUCAGCCCGGGACAAAAGGUUGGAAUCUGUGGUAGAACAGGAAGUGGAAAGUCAUCCUUCUCAUUAGCCUUUUUCCGGAUGGUUGACACAUUUGAGGGGCGAAUAAUCAUUGAUGACAUCGAUAUAGCAAAACUGCCUCUUCAGACGCUGAGAUCUCGCUUCUCUAUUAUUCUCCAAGAUCCCUUUUUAUUCAGCGGAACCAUCCGUUUUAAUCUCGACCCAGAGAUGAAGGCUACAGAUAGUAUGCUGUGGGAAGCGCUUGAAAUUGCACAACUCAAACCUGUGGUUAAAACUUUACCUGGAGGACUUGAUGCAAUAAUAACUGAAGGUGGGGAGAAUUUCAGCCAAGGGCAACGUCAGCUCUUCUGUCUGGCGCGUGCAUUUGUACGGAAGAGCAGUAUUCUGAUCAUGGAUGAGGCCACUGCGUCUAUAGACAUGGCUACGGAGAGCAUUCUUCAAAAGGUUGUGAUGACUGCCUUUGCCGAUAGGACUGUGGUCACUAUAGCUCAUCGUGUUCACACUAUCCUGAAUGCAGACCAGGUGAUUGUGAUGAAGAGGGGCGUCAUUCUGGAGUAUGACAAACCUGAGGUUCUUCUCGGUCGAGAGGACAGCGUGUUCGCCUCGUUCGUGCGAGCAGACAAAUGAACCAGAAGGACCCUCUAUUGAAAGUGCAAUUGUAUCAUGAAUUAAUAUAAUAAUAUUUAUUACUGCUAUUAUCAUCACGUUUGUACAUAAAAUGUUA